UUCACCCCGGGACACUGAAGACGCCCAUAGCAACGACCACACUUCGCCGCGUCGAAUAAGACACUUGUGCCGCUGAGUCGACGGAUUAAACACCGCUUCUUCGUGGCGGUGACUACAAGAGCUCCGCGGCAAAAGUGGAGAUGCGUCGGCCCGUCUGCGCCGUUAGCAUGGGGCGUGAGCACCGCUCGCUAGCUUGUGUUGGAUAGCCGCCCCGAAGACGAGCGAAGGAGGACAAGAGAGGUCGCGGCCAGUUGGUCGUAGCGUCGCUGUUUGCUGUUAACUACAAAGUCAGCUCGACGGGAAUAAAACACGGGAAUGGUGCUCUGGGUCGAGUCGCUUUGUAGACAGAAAACUGCGAGGGGGGCAGGGGCCACACCGGCCAGCAGUAAUAGUUGGACUUUAACGGUUUUUAAGAGAGUCAGCAGCUCCCCUGUGGACGAUUGUUUUGUGGCUAGCUAGCUAGCUAGCUGAGGGGAAGGACCACCCUGCUAAUGUUAGCAGCCAACACGAAACAUUCGUUUAAACAAAGCCGAAUUAAUCACUAACUUUGUGUAUUUUAAUAAUUAAAGGCAAAACAUAUAAUAGUCAAAGCGCAACUCAGGUGUAUUUUGGACUGCGUCCACACUUUGAAAGUGCGGUUAGCUCAGCUGGCCAUGUAACUUUUUUUCUACUGUUUUUGGGACUUUUCUUCACUUCGGAUGCUGGCAUCACAAACUAUUUACAAGCAUGAUGAUCAUAAGCAGAAAACUAGAUGGCCCUAUAGCAACAGCUCGUCACGGUGAUGGCCUUUAUGACUCGUACAUGAGGACGGACCACAUCCUCAAAGAGGACGCCGACGCAAACAGUCCUUCCAGCCUGCCCCCUAUGCCCAAGCACACAGCCGUUGGUAACAAGGGUGUGAUGAGGGAUCAGAUAACCGUGCGGGGUGGCCAGCUGAAGGUCAAGUAUCUCUACGAAGACUCCCCUAACAAUCGCAAGAUCAGUGCCAUUACCACAGCAACGCCUCAGAACAGUGGGACCAACGGUCUGACGCCCAGCAAACCGUUACCAGUCUUUAGCCUGCCCAAGGAUCACAGUGCAGACAGCUCUGAAUCCAGUAAAGGCUCCAAUGAAACCUCCAGCUCUCAAGGGGUUGGGAGUGGAGGGAAUGGAGGGAACAGCAGCAAGGUGUGUGGCCCGCUCACACCGGAGCAGGCUGUGAGAUUGUACCGGACUCAACUAACCAACCUUGAGCAAACCGAGAUCCACUCCUACCCAGAUAUCUACUUUGUGGGACCCAAUGCCAAGAAGAGGCCUGCCGUCGCGGGGGGCAACAACAACGGCGGCUAUGACGACGAGCAAGGCGGCUACAUUAACGUAGCCCACGACCACCUGGCCUUCCGCUAUGAGUUUCUCAAGAUUAUCGGCAAAGGAAGCUUCGGUCAGGUGGCCAAAGUGUACGACCACAAAUUGCAGCAGCACCUGGCCCUGAAGAUGGUGCGCAACGAGAAGCGCUUCCACCGACAGGCGCAGGAGGAGAUCCGCAUCCUGGAGUACCUGCGCAAGCAAGACCGCAACGGCACCAUGAACGUGGUGCACAUGCUGGAGCACUUCACCUUCCGCAACCACAUCUGCAUGACCUUCGAGCUGCUCAGCAUGAACCUCUACGAGCUCAUCAAGCGCAACAAGUUCCAGGGCUUCAGCUUGCCACUGGUGCGUAAGUUUGCUCACUCCAUCCUGCAGUGCCUGGAGUCCCUGAGCCGGCUGCGCAUCAUUCACUGCGACCUCAAGCCGGAGAACAUUCUGCUCAAACAGCAGGGGCGCAGCGGCAUCAAGGUGAUCGACUUCGGCUCCAGCUGCUUCGAGCACCAACGGGUGUACACCUACAUCCAGUCCCGCUUCUACCGAGCGCCCGAGGUGAUCUUUGGCGCGCGCUAUGGCCUCCCUAUUGACAUGUGGAGCUUCGGCUGCAUCCUGGCCGAGUUGCUGACGGGCUACCCUCUUUUCCCCGGCGAGGACGAGGGCGAUCAACUGGCCUGCGUCAUGGAGCUGCUGGGCAUGCCCCCUCAGAAGGUUCUGGAGCAGGCCAAAAGAGUGAAGACAUUUAUCAACUCCAAGGGCCACCCGCGCUACUGCGGAUCCAACACCCUGCCCACCGGCGCCACCGUGCUGACGGCGUCCCGCUCGCGCCGCGGAAAACUCCGAGGCCCCCCGGCCAGCAAAGAGUGGAGCGCGGCGCUCAAAGGCUGCGAGGACUCCACCUUCACUGACUUCAUAAAGAAGUGCUUGGACUGGGACCCCUCGUCCCGUCUGACCCCCAGCCAGGCCCUCCGGCACCCAUGGUUGUACCGCCGGCUGCCCAAGCCGCUGCCCGGGGGCGAGAGGAGCCAAGGGCCGCCGGUGAAGCGACUCCCCGAGCACCACAGCACCUCCUUCCCCUCCAUCCUCGCCAAGGGGGCUCCCGGCCUGGGCACCGCGGCUCCCAACAACAAACUGAGGGGCAAUAUGUUGGGAGACUCGGUGGAGGCCAUACCUAUUCGCACGGUCCUACCCAAACUGGUCUCUUAGAGAGACCUCCUCCUCUGCACUCCUCAGGAGGAGUCACAGGAGAAAGCUUUUCAAAUGUUUUUACCGGGCGUUGUCGACACCCCAGUCACAGCCGAGCACGGAAAGGAAGAGAGAAUACAAGAACUCCUUCAAAGUUUUUAUACAAAGAUUUCUUCGAGUGGCUUGACUUUCUACAGUCGCGGAUUUAGAUCUUGCUUUGUACAAACGUGAGUGGACAGUUAGCGUUUUUUUUGUUCCCACGCGAGUGUUUUUCCCCGUAUUUAGUCAGGGUGCACUCAAACGCCUCACUGUUUCCGAGGAGUGAAACUUGAAAAGGGCUACACAACUCCCUAAUUAGCUUGGCGGUAGCAGAGAAAAAAACAAAAACCUGACAUUUCACACACUUUGACGACAGCAUCGUUUCGCAAUACCUUUCUUCUCACAUCCCCCCUACUUUCUCCUCGUCCCCGGUGCUUGCAUGUCAGCUCAAUAUGUGACAUUGGUGCGGGAGACAUGAAGAGCCGGCUAUUUUCAGACCUCCUCUGGCGCUACUUGGAGCGACAGAAGGUCGAGGAGGAGGACAGGAGCUCCACUUGUCACGGACCAGUCAAAUGUGGCCUGGUUUUUCCAACAGGGAAACGAAAAAGAGCUAAAUAUGAGCCAUUUAGGCAAAAAUCGACUUCUACGGUACUGACUGAAGACAUGUUUCUCAGGGAAACGCACUCGUUACAUCCCUUAAUCCUCCAUGGUGAUUUUUAUGGACACUUUGAGUGUCGGAGCUGCACUAUCUGACCUACAUUCUCUCCCCCGUCCUCCUCCUCUGUCAUGUAGGACGGGGAAAAUAUGAAUAAUGAAUUCAUGGUGCUGUCCAGUCACUACACACACGUUGUCAGGUGCUGUUGUACGGACCACACCACUCAAAUACUUCUCACCCCUUGUUUUCUAAGUAAACAUCAGGGAAUUUCUACUCCAUUUGUUUUAUUUUUUAAAGAAAAAAAAGUUGACCACAAGUCAUUCCCAACUGUCAAGAUUAAAAUGCGGAAUAAGAAGAAACAAAACAAGUCAUGUUGUGGAAGAGUAGCAGGACAGUUCCUGCAUGAGAUCAAGGAGGCUGCCGAGUGACAACUAGAAGAGAAAUAAAAUGUCAAGUAUCCAAAUGAAGUUGUGGAUAGUUUCUUUUUCUAAUGACAAUAAAAAGGAAAUGAUUAUUAACUGAAA